AAAAUACCCGCCGAAGUACUCAGUCGGGAGAUUUAUCGAAUUCUGUCUUCUUCAGGGACAACUCAUUCCGGCGGAUAUUACCACGAUGUCGUGAUCCAUGCGCUACGCAACUGUGGAUACCGAAUGAUCGACACUGCGAGGCGGUAUGGUGUCGAACGGGAACUUGGAUUCGCCUGGAAGGAAUCCGGAGUACCUCGCUCGGACCUCUUCCUCUGUUCGAAAUUAUGGCCGGUCAAUUUUGGCCCAGGAACAAGGGAAGCGUUUGAGCUAUCCUGUGAAAAGCUUCAAACGGAUUACCUAGAUUUGUUCAUGACGCAUUUCCCCGUGAUCCCUGAAUGGCUCGGGAAUCGUCGUGAAGUUCAUGAGGAGACGUGGCGACAAUUAGAGCUGCUUUACGAUCAAGAACGGAUUCGUGCCAUCGGUGUGAGCAACUAUUCUGAAGACGAUCUGUCCGAGAUGUUCGAAUACUGUAGCAUCAAGCCGCACGUUAACCAGUCCGAAUUCCAUCCGUGGUUCAAUCCCGUUCAAUUGCGGUCCUUCUGCGAAGAGAACGACAUUUUGUACGCGGGUUAUUGUCCAAUAGCCAAGGGUAAAUUCCUCGAUUCGGAUGUACUACUCAAGCUUAGCUCAAAAUACAACAAAACACCGGCUCAAAUCUGCCUUAGAUGGUCACUAGAGCAUGGUGUUCCCGUGAUUCCAAAGAGCAAGGAAAAAAGCCGGAUUGCAGAAAAUAGAAAUGUAGGUUCAGUUCGACAAAACAUAAGAUUUUUAUUAUCAAAAAUCAGCAUGAGCCAAUAUUUACCAAAUAAAUUCAAUUUACCUGAUGGGUAUAAGUUGGAAGGGCGAGUUUUCGGUGUGACUUAUCCAGAAAACAACGUCCAAACAACAUAUCCAAACAGGUACAGUACUGCUCAGAAUGUCUGUUAA